AUGCAAUAAGAGAAAGGAAGAGUUUAUUAUGGAAGAUUUGUCCAAAAGGAGAAAUUAAGUUAAGGUAUAAUUAUGGUUGAUAAAAAGGAUCUUUUGGAGUUGUUUAUAUUUGUCAUGAUAAAGUUACAAGAGAUUAUGUUGCCAUCAAAGUUGAAAAAGAAAACAGUGAUGUAAUGAGUUUGGAGAGAGAAAUAUAAAUUAUUGAAGAGUUAAGAGGGAUUGUUGGUAACUAUUUAUUGUUAAUCUUAAGGAGUUCCAAAACUAUUUUGGUACGGAAAUGAAUAUAAUUCAAAUUGUAUGGCUAUGCAAUUACUUGGAAAAGACUUAUCACAUUUUUUAAAAAGAUAUAAAAAACUGUCAUUAAAAACCAUUUGUAACUUGGCAGAACAAUUACUAACAAUCAUAGAAGAAGUUCAUAAAAGGUAUAAUUAUUCCAUUAUAAAAGAGGUGUUAUACAUAGAGACAUUAAACCUGAAAAUAUAUUAAUGGGAAGAGGAACUGAUUCUCAAUAAGUCUAUUUAGUUGAUUAUGGUAUAUCUAAAAAAUACCGUAAUAAUGGUUAGCAUAUGUAAAUAAAACUCAUUGAUAUUUUAGACAAUUUUAAGAAAACAAGCCAUUUAUGGGAACAACACGUUACGCUAGUAUUUCAGCUCAUAAAGGUUAUGAAUUAUCAAGAAGAGAUGAUUUAGAAAGUCUUGGAUAUGUGUUCAUAUACUUAUUAAAAGGUAUCUCUUUGAAUUCAUUCUAGGAAAUUUACCCUGGUAAAAUAUUACAUCCUCCUCAGACAGAGAAAAAACAAGGUUAGUUGGCAAAUUGAAGAUGGAAUUAGAAAUGAAAGAGCUGUGUAAAGGACUUCCAACAGAAUUUUAAAGAUACAUGGAUUAUGUAUAGAAAUUGAAAUUCGCAGCUUCCCCAGAUUACAAAUACUUAUUUAGUUUAUUCUAAAAAAUAGCCUAAUAAAAUGGAAUCAAUUUUGAUAGAAAAUUUGAUUGGAAUGAUAAUUAAACUAGCUCUACUAAAUCUUCUGAUUAAGCUUAACAAUCUUUUAAUGAUAUUGAUGUUUCAAAUUUAUAAGGGGAUUAUCUUAAAGUACCUGAUAUAAAAAAAAGUGAAAAAAGGAAAUCUUUUUAAACCAUAGAAUAAUAUAGUUCUUAAUAAUCAUCUGUUGUCUUAAAUUAUGUGCCUUCAGUUGUAUCUAAAAUAAAUAGUAGACUAAAAGACAGUCAUUAUUAAAGAUCUCGACAAAAUUCAAAAAAGUCUCUAUCUAGAGAAUCUUCAUUAAUUCGAAAACCCCUUGGUCAAAGAUUAUAAGGUUAGAUAUUUUUUAAUGGUGAAUUCAGAGAUUUGGAAGAUAGAGAAAAGAGUAAUAAUGAUAUUUUAAAAAAUUAAAAAUAAAAUAAGUUCAAUAAAGUAAGCAAUUUUGAUGACUUUGAUGAUUUUGAUGAACAGUUAAAUGAUGAGGUUGGAAUCUAAACAAGUCUAAAAAAGGUAGGUGUUAUACAAGUUCACUUUAAAGAACACCUAUCGAAGUAAUGAAAAUUUUGUAUUUUAUUAUUUCAAAUACUAUGAAAUUCUAUAUUUGUAAAAGUCAAAAUGAUUGUCUGUUGUUUAAAAAUAAUUUUCUCUUCUUUAUUUUUGUUUCAAAAUAGAAAUAGUUUAAAAGCAAUUGAAUUUAAAUACAUAUAUAAUAUUGAAGAUUAGCUGUUAAAAUUUAGUUUGUCUAAGAAUUAUUUAAUAUUANGCAGAACAAUUACUAACAAUCAUAGAAGAAGUUCAUAAAAGGUAUAAUUAUUCCAUUAUAAAAGAGGUGUUAUACAUAGAGACAUUAAACCUGAAAAUAUAUUAAUGGGAAGAGGAACUGAUUCUCAAUAAGUCUAUUUAGUUGAUUAUGGUAUAUCUAAAAAAUACCGUAAUAAUGGUUAGCAUAUGUAAAUAAAACUCAUUGAUAUUUUAGACAAUUUUAAGAAAACAAGCCAUUUAUGGGAACAACACGUUACGCUAGUAUUUCAGCUCAUAAAGGUUAUGAAUUAUCAAGAAGAGAUGAUUUAGAAAGUCUUGGAUAUGUGUUCAUAUACUUAUUAAAAGGUAUCUCUUUGAAUUCAUUCUAGGAAAUUUACCCUGGUAAAAUAUUACAUCCUCCUCAGACAGAGAAAAAACAAGGUUAGUUGGCAAAUUGAAGAUGGAAUUAGAAAUGAAAGAGCUGUGUAAAGGACUUCCAACAGAAUUUUAAAGAUACAUGGAUUAUGUAUAGAAAUUGAAAUUCGCAGCUUCCCCAGAUUACAAAUACUUAUUUAGUUUAUUCUAAAAAAUAGCCUAAUAAAAUGGAAUCAAUUUUGAUAGAAAAUUUGAUUGGAAUGAUAAUUAAACUAGCUCUACUAAAUCUUCUGAUUAAGCUUAACAAUCUUUUAAUGAUAUUGAUGUUUCAAAUUUAUAAGGGGAUUAUCUUAAAGUACCUGAUAUAAAAAAAAGUGAAAAAAGGAAAUCUUUUUAAACCAUAGAAUAAUAUAGUUCUUAAUAAUCAUCUGUUGUCUUAAAUUAUGUGCCUUCAGUUGUAUCUAAAAUAAAUAGUAGACUAAAAGACAGUCAUUAUUAAAGAUCUCGACAAAAUUCAAAAAAGUCUCUAUCUAGAGAAUCUUCAUUAAUUCGAAAACCCCUUGGUCAAAGAUUAUAAGGUUAGAUAUUUUUUAAUGGUGAAUUCAGAGAUUUGGAAGAUAGAGAAAAGAGUAAUAAUGAUAUUUUAAAAAAUUAAAAAUAAAAUAAGUUCAAUAAAGUAAGCAAUUUUGAUGACUUUGAUGAUUUUGAUGAACAGUUAAAUGAUGAGGUUGGAAUCUAAACAAGUCUAAAAAAGGUAGGUGUUAUACAAGUUCACUUUAAAGAACACCUAUCGAAGUAAUGA